AUGAGUAGACCUCCAUUACCGCCCCGACGAAACCUCUCCUCUCAGUCAGGAUCCGAUCAAGCACCCCCACUGCCACCUCGAAAGCCAUCCCAUGGUUCUGCCCACAAUGCCUCUCAUUCCAGCCACGUAGACCCGCUGCAAGACCUUGGUCGGAAGUUCAAGGAUCUAUUUACAAAUAAUGAUUCAGCGUCACGAGAAGGCACACGAAAUACGUGUGGACAUCUCCCAGAGCAGACCAGUCCUAGAAAACCCCCACCGUACAAGACUUACUCAGGAGUCGAACAUCCCCCUCAUCUGGCUCCCUCAUCAAGCGGUAACUUCUUCACAACAUCGUCGCCGCCAUCUUGUCUCCCUGCAGAUCAGAAGAGAAACUACUAUGUAGGCAGGGGCUGUCCAAGUGGUGAGGAUUUGCUCCAUGACGCAUUCUGGUUCAGACAUAUCGACGCCCCCGGGUUUUCCGUUUGUAGUAGGUGCUUCGAAUUUCACAUCCGCGAUAGCAUCUUCGAGCUGGACUUUUCUGGGAAACUAGAGCCAGGUCUGACAGAUAGCGCUCGCUGCAUGUUUGGUGUCACACGCAUAACCGACCAACUCUGGCCAGGAGCCAUCUCCACGCAGGAUCUUCAAACAGCGAAGAGCUAUAUGGAGGCCAGAGCAAAGAUGCCCAAUUGCCGUGGUAUGGCAGGUGUUUCCGGAGCAGCUUUGGUGGGGAUGAAAUGGUAUCAAGCAAAAAAUGAUGCUAUCCCUGGAUUUGUCGCGUGCGAGGCUUGCUACAAUGCAUUCAUCGUUUGCUCGAACUUCGAAAGACGAUUCAAUCUUCACGACCAUAUACCGACGCAGGACCAGACCUGGGCUUGUGAUAUCGCAGUCCCAUACCUGAUGAGAGCAUUUGCUGAAUACUCAAAAGUUGACGAUUGGUCCAAGUUUGUUGCUGCAGCGAAUUCUCGCUUGAGCAAGCCGCCUUGCGCAGGAUUUAACACGGUCAGCUCGAACAGCCGGGAAUGGUACGGAUUAACUUCUGGAAAAGUUGGCCUCGUGCUGUGCGAAACAUGUAACUUGGACUUGAUGGCCUUAACUGCGUUCGACAAGGCAUACAAACCGAAGCUACUCCCAAAAGAAAGCAAGGAAACACAACUCAUCUGCGAUCUUGCAAUUCCUGCAUUGAAAGUGGCAUACGGAGCAGCACUAGGAUAUGAGAGACACGACAUCUUCUGGAAUACCUGUAAAGUGCAGAUGAAGACGCCUCUGUGUAAGGCCGCCGGCAUGACCGAUGUACAAUGGUACACUCUCAAAGGAGGCUGCGACAACUUUGACAUCUGCCCAACAUGCUAUAGCGGCUUUGUCUGUGCUUUCGGGAUGCAACCAUACUUCCAGCCUCAGAAGACUUGUCCUAAGGGCACGAUCAAGAUGUGCGACUUCUGUGCAGCAGCUCCAAACUUUGCAAAGACAGUUUUGCGCUAUGAUAUUGCGCUUGAGACACCAGAUAGGGAGCAGUUUCUGUCCCACGCCAGACAAAUGUCUUCUGUAUCACCAUGCAUGGGAGUGAAGCAGCAAGUCGCUCAGUUCUGGCGUAUAGGUCUGAGAGGCGACCCCAUGAGUGUAUGUCCAGCCUGCUACGAAGAUGUUCUACGUGACCAACCACUAUCCCACUACUUCAACCAUGAGACCACUCCAAGCAAGCAUCUCUGCGAGCUAUACUCUGCAAACAUGCGUACACGCUGGCGAGCUGUCCAGAACGCAGCCGCUGCACAAAGCUCAAGAGAUGCGAAUGGCAACUACCUCCCCGACGAAACCGCUCUUGCAAACUUCAUAUCCUACCGCGAACACCGCACCCAAGUCUUCAUCGAAACAGUCCCAGUGAUGGAACAACUCCUCGCUGCAGCGCAAAUGCGCCUCUUCCAGCAGCAGAGAUUGAAUGCGAACAGCACUUUCUACAAUAAUUUGAAUAUGAGUGCUGCUGCUGCGAAUGGUAUACAUUAUGGACCGACUCCUACGUAUAAGACAACGUAUGGAAAUUCGAGUGUUGGGUACGGGUAUGCUACACCUUGGGGUGUUGAGGGUGCUGCGUAUGCACAGCAGGCUCGGAACGUCGCGAGUCAAGGAGGAGGAGAUUUUGCGAGAGUUGCAUAUCUUGAGGCGAGAUGGAAAGAGGUUGAGUGA